UCAAUCAUCGAUUAUCUAAUGGCGUCACUGUAAGUCGAAGGUCAAGAGCGAGGCAGCAUGGCCGCUAUAUUAAGGGGCUCGCGGUGUCUAGCUGAAAAGUGUCAUAACCAUGUCAACGCUGCGCAGGUCUCUAUCAGGUCCAUGGCCUCUAAAACCCAAGUGGGCUUCAUUGGCCUGGGGAACAUGGGAAACCCAAUGGCAAAGAACCUCAUGAAACAUGGAUAUCCAGUGAUAGCCUCAGAUGUAUUUCCAGAGUCCUGUAAAGAGCUGCGGGAGCUAGGAGCUCAGAUCCUGGACAGCCCUGCGGAUGUGGCAGACAAAGCAGAUCGCAUCGUCACAAUGCUUCCCUCCAGCCCCAACGUUAUAGAUGUGUAUACAGGCCCAAAUGGCAUCCUGAAGAGAGUGAAGAAGGGAUCCCUACUCAUUGAUUCCAGCACUAUUGAUCCAGCUGUCUCCAAGGAAAUGGCAGUUGCCGCAGAGAAACUGGGAGCUGUUUUCAUGGAUGCCCCAGUGUCUGGAGGUGUUGGUGCUGCCACUUCAGGUAAGCUCACCUUUAUGGUUGGUGGGCCAGAGGAGGAGUUCAAUGCCGCCAAGGAGCUUCUGAGCUGUAUGGGUGCUAAUGUGGUGUACUGUGGCCAAGUUGGCACCGGACAGGCAGCUAAAAUCUGCAACAAUAUGCUGUUGGCCAUUGGGAUGAUUGGAACAGCGGAGACCAUGAAUUUGGGAAUCAGAUUAGGACUUGACCCGAAACUUCUGGCGAAGAUCUUGAACAUGAGCUCUGGCCGCUGCUGGUCGAGUGACACAUACAACCCUGUCCCGGGAGUGAUGGAGGGAGUGCCCUCAGCAAACAACUACCAGGGUGGCUUCGGAACUACACUAAUGGCCAAGGACAUUCCUACACAAUCAAAGACACCAGUGCCGUUGGGCUCUCUGGCCCAUCAGAUUUACCGUAUGAUGUGCGCACGCGGCUACGCCAGCAAAGACUUCUCAUCUGUCUUCCAGUUCCUUCGAGAAGAGGAGGGCCAGUAGAAGGCAACACUCUGCCCCUUCCGUAGCCUUAGCCAGCACUGCCUGCCUUUCACACGACCUGACAUGCAAAAAUUUGACCCAACUAUGUGAUUUCAUUGGCAUGCAUGUGCUGGGUGGGAGCCAUACAUGAGUGAGUGAAUGAAUACAUAUGUAAAUUGGAUGAUUAGUGGGAAAGAUGUGUGUUUAUUUUGUUAGUGUGUGUAGCAUUUGAGGCUGUGAGUUUCUGUUGUAAUCAUGUUACUUUUGUGAGCCCACUCGUGUACAAUUGGUAAUCCACCAAUCAGUUGAUGAGAUGCUGUGAAUUUAAUGUUUGUUCUGAUUUUUUUUCUUGCCUUCGUUGCUGUUCUGCAGGCUAACGAAAGAUUAAAAAUGUAUCAUUUCAUUCUCACCAACCACAAACACGCAAGACUCAGAUCAGCCGUUACACACCAUUUCUUUUCAAAUGUACAGUUUUAGUUUUUGUGUCCUUCAUGUAUCUGUUGAGUCAAAUUUGCUGUUAAUGGUGUUGAAUCUACAUGCUGUAUUCAUGUUAAACACCUGGAAAUUAAAGCAGGCAAUAUCUGUAUCUUUGAUGUUAGGACUGUGGCGUGUUGAUACACGUUUAUAUAACACUUAUUCAAUUGUACAUAUUAAUCCUGGAAAAUGAAGUGGUAUUGUCAGGGUACUAAGCCAGGUUUACAAUCGUAUAGGUAAUCCUGAUGAAUGCGGCUAACCAGUUAACAAUGAUGCAACACAGCACAUAUUUUUACCUGGUCUCCUCCCUCUUUCCAAGGUCACACAGUGGAAUGUUUUUUGAUGCUUCUUUAUGAAGCCUCACCUUGAAUUCAGUGGCACGUAACAUGCACAAUAAACAGGAGUCAUCUACAAAUCUUUUACGCA